AUGUUGUCGAAGAAAAUGGAGAAACGGUAUCCGAGAGACGAAGCUAUAAUGAUGAACGCCCAUCAGAAAAGUGUACAACAUGACUCCAAGAAACCUCGCGUAAAGAGGCUACCCACUAAAGGGAGUCAGUCAGGCAUCAGUCCUGGACAACCGGCACCGCGAGAAAAGCUUAUUUCACAACCGCGGCAGCUCUCAGACAGUUGCCCUCUUAGGGGUUUACUGUGUAACGUUGUAAAGUAA